CCGCUUUCUCUUCCGCCCGCCUCCCAUGCUCCCCGGCGAGGCGAUGGCGAAGCUCAGGGUCGCUUACGAGUACACCGAAGCCGAAGACAAGAGCAUCCGCCUGGGCUUGUUCCUGAUCGUCUCCGGCAUCGUGUCGCUCUUCAUCCUGGGCUUCUGCUGGCUCAACCCGGCCCUGCAGGACCUGCAAGGCAAAGCGGCCAACUGCACGGUGCUGUCGGUGCAGCAGAUCGGCGAGCUCUUCGAGUGCACCUUCACGUGCGGCGCGGACUGCAAGGGCACCUCCCUGUACCCCUGCCUCCAGGUCUACGUCAACAACUCCGAGUCCGACGCCCCGCUGCUCCUCCACCUGGACGAGCACCAGCUCCUGGCCAACCCCAAGUGUUCAUACAUCCCACCCUGUGAAAGAGAAAAUCAGAAAAACUCUGAAAUGAUAAUGCACUGGCAGGAUUACUGGCAAGACAAAAUUGGCUCUCCCCCUUUCAUAUGUUACUUCAACCAGCACCUCAGGCCAGAUGAUGUACUGUUACGACGUACACAUGAUGAGUCAGUUCUUAUGCACUGCUUCCUUUGGCCAGUGGUUACCUUCCUAGUAGGAGUCCUCAUUGUGAUUCUGACCAUUUGCGCAAAGAGCUUGGCUGUUAAAGCAGAAGCAAUAAAGAAGAGGAAGCACUCCUAA